AUAGACCUGCCCAUGUACCUGUAAUACAAGUUGGACAUAUACUGAUUCGCCUAAGAGAUCAUCCUGAACAUUAUUUGAUAACUCUUCCAUCUUUACAAAUUCUUGGAUUAUGGAGAGGGUCUCCAUAUGUAGAAAUAAGUGGAACAAGUGUAAUACAAUCAGAAAACUAUAAUGUUGUUAUUGAGUUUAGUGGGAAAGGAUGGAUAUCAGGCGAAAAACAUAGUUUUAAUGGAGUAGUGCGUCGUAACGGAUCCAAAGAAUCAUUACAUGUAAUAACAGGUACAUGGGCAGUAGAGCUAACAGAUUAUUGGCCAAAACAAUAUCCAGAAUCUACCACAGGAAUAAAAUUUUUGGUGAUGUAUCUAGGACGGGUUGAUACUCCCGGUGUCAGCACAUCAAUGGAAAACUUUUACAACAAUUUUAAAAAUCAAUUAAAAUCUAUUGAUCAAGGAAUUGAUACAACUUUAUGGGCAGCAUUUAGUAAGGAAGUAUCAGAUAUUUCCAGUGAAUCAUUCUUGUUCAAUAGGCAGGUAGUUUCAUCACACUUGCCAUUGGCUCAAACCAAAUCUAUUCAACAAGAAGUUGAAGCUUUAGUAGAGCAAAUUGAUAAUUAUGUAGAUGUAGCCUUAAAUUUUUGA